ACGCAUACGAAAAAUCUAACACUAGAUGUCGUUGCUAUCUGUCGGAAGAGAAAUUGUUGAUACACAUAAAAACUACAACGUUUACGUAACAACUGAUGAUUAGAUUGCAACUUUAUUUUGUUUUCAAAUGAAUGAAAGAAAAGUAGACUUACUUCUCUGGUUUCUUUCGAGAGUCAAAGUAAUCCCAGUCCAUGGCCAGUAGAGAAAGUGUGAUUCCUUAGAGCCCGUGGAGACAUUAAUAGGUGUUUGUUUCGCUCUUUGCUGCUGAUUUUUGGCUCCUGUUUCAUUCAUCGCUUUAAAAAUGAAUUCAGAAAUCAGAAGUAAUGGAGAAAAGGAAGUACAAGCAUCAAAUCAGUUUGUCGCAAUGAAUUCUCUAUCAACGCAUGAAAUAAAAGCACACGCAGCUGAUAACAAAAUCAUUCAAGAUAAGGAAAAACGAACAAUCAAAAUCAAGAUAUGCAGGAAUUGGAAUAUAAGAAUCUAUAAGCCUUUAAUUCCACUCAAAUUGGCUCUUUUUCUCUAUUAUGGGGGCGGGUCAUUCAUGCACUCUUUUGUCAUAGUCUUUUUGAAGCAAAGGGGAAUGACUCUGCCAGAAGUGGCAAUCCUCCUCCUCAUCACUCCAGUGAUUCAGUCUUGUGGAUCAGUUGUGUCAGGGAUCAUAGCGGACAAAACUGGACGGUCAAAGCCGGUUCUCGCAGGGACGAUUUUAAGCGUAAUGAUAACAGUGGGAAUCUUGCCACUACUGCCACAAUUGAAAGGAAACUGUAGUGAUUAUCAUAGAAUCAAAAUGAGCUGUGAACAAUCCUCUUACAGGAUGGAAACAACUUCUGCUAGUAGUUUUGCCACGAACAAAUGGCAGCUUCAUCACUGCAAUGCGCAGUGCACAGAAAAUGGGACUCAGAAGUGCACAGGAAGUAACUUAUUCUGUGAAUUACUGUUGAGGGGGAGUGCAAGCAACACGAACUUCUCUGUGGUAGCAAAUGUGAAUGUUUCUCACAAUUCUGAAAGUAAUUCCUACCAUUAUUUAAGUACAAUAUCUUUUAACAACGUAUCAUACACUAGUUGCAAUAUUUAUGAUAAAAUUGACUGUGACUUCAAUUGCACUUUAAUAUCUACGGAAGAGUGUUUCUCUGAACAGAGUUACCGGAAAAAGAUUCUCGUGGUAUACUUCAUAAAUCUCAUACUGUAUUACACAUUUAUUUCUAACUGCUACAGAUUUCUGGAUGUAACUGCCAUGACGUUAGCGAAAGAACAUGAUUCACAGUACGGAAGAGAACGUUUUUUCGCUAUUUUUGGUAUUUUAGUAACUUCACCUCUUGGUGGCUUCAUUGUAAAAGCAACAACUAAUGCCGGAGAAGAGAAGAAUUUUGACUCUGCUUUUUACCUCUUCCUAGCUAUGCUCUUAGUCAUUCUUAUGGCGGUUUACAAACUCGAAGUUCAAAUUAAAUCGCCAGGAGAACACAUGUGGAAGAAAACUCUUGGCAUGGCUAAAAAUCCUGAUAUCGCUUCAUUUGCAACUGUUGUCUUUGUUUUAGGUAGUUCUUUUAUGUUUACAAAGACCUACGUGUACUGGUAUUUAGAAGACUUGAAAGCCUCAAGUGUCUUGAUGGGCUUGCUACCCGCUGCGGGAGGUUUGUAUGGAUUACCAUUUUUGUUGACCUCCAAAUGGUGGGUGGAGAAGAUUGGACCAACGAAUAUUUUUCUUUUAGGACUCAUUGGAUAUGUAAUAAGUGGUAUUGGGUACUCCUUUUUGUAUAACCCGUGGUUAUCUUUGUUGUUAGAAGUUACAUGCAUCUUAACUUAUCACCUGCUAUGGGUAGCAGUGUUACAGAAUAGCUAUGAUAUAGCACCAGAAGGUAUGACAGCUACAGUGAUUUCAACUGCCGGUAGCAUUCACUACGGUGCAGGUAAAGUUUCUGCAAGUGUUAUUAGUGGACUCAUCAUGAAUGUUUAUGGAGGCAGAGUUGCUUUCAGGGUUUUAGCAGUUAUUUGUUUGGUUUCGUCUGUGUUCUAUGGUUUAUUUCUUUGUGCCAGGAAAAGAUUUCUCAAGAAGAAUGACAAAAGCAUCGCAGAUUUCCGCACUACACCCGAGAAAGAUGAGACAAGUGUUGUCAGUGCUGGGAUUAUCACUACUAGCGCAUAUCAGGGAUCAGGAAAGGAAAAGUGAAGAAAAUGUGUUUGAAUCAAAACGUUUUCUUUGUCUUACCUGAAAAGAAAAAUGGUAACUCUUGUAAUGUAACAUUAACUACGAUGCUGACGUGAAAUCCUUUGGUGUUUUAGUUGAAAUAAAAGUAUCU